AAGAAGCCCUUGAAUUGAAUUCGCUCAAAUUCUCGUCUUUGUAAAUGCCCACUGCCCAGCCCUAAAGACUAGACUCUCUCUCUCUCUCUCUGCAAUUCACAUUCCCAAAUCUGAAUUACAAAUCUCUCUCAAUUUUCGCCGCCUGCAUUUUUUUCCUGCUUACACAACGUUAACUAUUGUACACGCGCAUCGGUUUUUCCGGACUGAAAUAUAUAAGUAAACGCCGCUGCUGUACACUGUUGCGGCGAAGUUUUUCCGUAAUUACAAGUGCGGCGGUUAUUGGAAGCGGAUAGGGUUUACAUUCGAUCCCUUUUCUUCGGUUCGGUUUCUAUUGGUGUUUCUUUUUAUUAUGUUUAGGUUUCCGCGUGUGUGAAUCAGUCUAUUUCUGUCUAGGAUAGUUCGGAUUCUGAGUAUAAUUUUACAAUUGAGAUAUUCUAGGUUUUGGGGAAAUUUCGUUUGAGGGUUUUCGAUUUUUUGCCUUUUUGCUGUAUACACAUUCUCGUUGUGGGCUGUUAGUUUGUGGCUCUGACAUUUGAGGGGAAGAAAGAAGUGGUUGGCUUUGGGUUUUAAUUGUGGUGGUUGGACGUGAAUUUGUCGAAAAAUGAGAGUUUGUAGAAUGAUGGAGUGAAGUGGGGCCAAACAAUUUCUUGGUUAGUUCGACGUUUUCCUCGGCCGGAGGAUUGUAUGUAGCUUAAAGAAGGGCAAUUCAUGUUGGUGAACUAGUUUGGAAUUCUGAAAGUUAAUUUGAACCCCGGUUUAGGGCGUGCACUUGGUCUUUUUGCAUUAGCAGGAUUUUAGAAAUAGACGGUUUUGGGGAAAAUCAAGAAGGUGAUUUGGCUUUAGAAUUUAAUUUGCUUUCCUAGAAUAAUUGGAUCAUGUCUGGUGCCGAUGGACAGAACUGAACCCACGUUAGUACCGGAAUGGUUGAGAAGUACAGGAAACAUUGUUGGAGGCAGUGGCUCAGUCCACCACUCAGACGUUUCUUCUUCUGCGCACUCCAUCAGGAGCAGAGUUCUUAGGGGCAGUAGCGAGAAAGAUAGCCCACGUUAUCUGAACAGAAGUUCCUCAAGUUCCUCAUCUAAUCCUAGGCAUAGUUCGACUAGUAAUGGUUCUGGGAAGCAUCCAUAUAGUAGUUUCUCAAGGAGCCACUGGGAUAAAAACCGCGACAGAGAGAAAGAGAAGACUUUUUCCGAGGAAUUGUGGAACCAUAACUCUUCUGACCCUUUAGCUAGUCUACUAACUAGUAGAGUUGAAAGGGGCGCCUUAAGACGCUCCCAAUCAUUGGUUUCAAGAAAACCCGCUGAACCGUUGUCUCACAGAGUAGAAAACUCACGAAUUAGUGGGAAUGGUGUCGUUUCACGGGGCAGUAAUCUUAAUGUGAGUCAGAAGGCAGUGUUUGAAAAGGAUUUUCCAUCCCUCAGAACCGAAGAGAAGCAAUGUGCAACUGGGAUUAGGAGAGUCUCAUCUCCUGGUUUGAGUUCUGCUGUUCAGUGUUUACCGAUUGGCAACACAGGGUUUCUUGGUGGUGAGAAAUGGACAUCUGCUUUGGCAGAGGUGCCUGAUAUUCUUGCAAAUAAUGGCAUCAGCCAUUCUCCUCUUCAACAAGGUGUUGUUCCAUCUUCCAAUUCGUCUUUGGGGAUUUCCAGUUCUGCAGGUCUUAAUAUGGCUGAGGCAUUGUCACAGCCUGUAGCACGAGUUCAUCCUAGUUCCCAGCUAUCAGAUAAGAGCCAGAGGCUUGAGGAGUUGGCUAUUAAACAGUCUAGACAACUAAUUCCUAUGACAUCUUCAAUGCCUAAAGCCUUGGUUCCUUCUGCGGAUAAAUCAAAGCAACCAAAGAUUGUUACGAGAGCUAACGAGACCACUGUGGCUUCGAGGGGUAUCCAUCCACAGCCCCAUGCAUCUCAUCUUGCUAACCAACCUCGUGCCGGACAAAUCAGGUCUGAUUCUGCAAAUACCUCUCACGUCGGAAAGUUUUUGGUACUCAAACCAGGACGUGAGAGUGUUACACAUGGUGAUAAUGCUAAUGGUGAAGUAACUAAUGAUGGACAGCUGGCCACAGCUCCAUUGGCUCCAACAGGAUCUAUUAGUCUAAGCAACUCUGUGGUCUCUGCUCUUGAAAACAAGACUGCUGCACUUUCACUAAGUUCCAGAUCUACUACAGAAAAGAGAUCUUUGCAAUCUCUGGCACAAAGCAGAAGUGAAUUCUUUAAACUCAUGAGAAGAAAAACCUCACCAUGUGCUACUACAACUGUUCACUCAGGUUCAAGUUCGGCUGAUUUAUCUCCCAGUGCAGAUACUUCUGGAGAAAAUUGCAAUGGUAAACAGAUGAAUUGCAAUGGUGAGAGAUGUGAGAUUCCUGAGAAGAAUAGAAGUUCUUCUGAUGCCGGAGAAAAAAGCUUCUCAGUUAAUGGAUCGGUUUAUCCAGAUGAAGAAGAGGCAGCUUUUCUUCGUUCUCUUGGUUGGGAGGAAAACGGUGGGGAAGAUGAAGGAUUGACAGAGGAAGAGAUUAAUGCUUUUUAUCAAGAGUAUAUGAGCAGGAGGCCAUCUUAGAAAGUAUGUCCAAGCUCUAUUACAAGCUCAUCCAAAUCUGGUUCAAGUUUGAUUGCUGAUGAGAUCUAUGUCCGAAAGCUAGAAUAGCGAAGAAUGUACUAGGAUUACGUUUAACAUUACGUUGCAAGUAGAAUCGUUUUGCCAUAUUUUAUCCUUUUCUUCUUCUCAAGAGGUGAAAGAAAGUUACAAUGUUUUUGAUACAUUUUACGGCUAGAAAAAAUGGAAUGAAAAUAGUUGGUUACAGUUUGUUUUAA